GAUUCUUUAAUUUUCUCUCAAUUCAACACUCCACUUUACUCAUCUUGACUGCUUUUCUCACCAUCUUCUACACCAUUCAUAACUUCAAUCACACAGUUUCAAAUUUCUAAUUCUUUCUCCACCCUUCAGUUUCUCCAAGAACAACCCCAUGUCAAAUUCUCAAUCUUCAUCUUCCUGUUCUUGUCGUUUAUGUUUCUUAUUUAUUCUACUAAUCAUUCAACUUCUCAAUCUCACCACAACAGCACAAGCAAGCCUCUGCAGAACCGCCUGCGGAGACAUUCCAAUCAACUACCCUUUCGGCAUUGACGACGGCUGCGGCAGCCCCUAUUACAGACACAUGCUCGUGUGCUCAGAUUACGGCAAGCUCGAGCUCAGAACGCCUUCCGGAAGAUACCCAGUUCACAGCAUAAGCUACUCCGAUCCUCACAUUCUUCUCAACGAUCCAUUCAUGUGGAAUUGUCAAGAUGGAGAUAACUUUCGUGCCACCAGACCCUUUAGUCUUGACACAAGCACUCAUUUCUCACUCUCUCCUCAAAACGACUAUCUCUUCUUCAACUGUAGUGAAUCCAACGUGAUCGUCGAGCCGAAGCCGAUCUUUUGUGAGCGGUUCCCUGAACGUUGUGAUUCAUCGUGUGAUAGUUCCAGCUAUCUUUGCAGGCACUUACCGGACUGUGCCUCGGCUUUGCAUGGUAGUUCUUGUUGCGCUUAUUAUCCUAAAGCGACUGAGUCCUUGAGGUUGAUGCUUAAGUAUUGUGCUUCUUAUACGAGUGUAUAUUGGAGAAAUAUUGGAAACAAUCCGCCUUAUGAUCAGGUUCCGGAGUAUGGAAUUAGAAUCGAUUUCGAUAUUCCAGUGACAACUCGUUGCUUGCAGUGUCAGGACAUGACAAAGGGCGGUGGAACUUGCGGAUUCGACCCGGAAACACAAAAUUUCUUGUGUUUAUGUGGCAAAGGAAAUGUCACUACUUAUUGUAGAGAUCAUACCCUUUCCAAGCAUAGCAACGCCGGAGUGAUUGCAGGGACAGUGAGUGGAGUUUCAGCUGCUGGGGUUGUAGCCAUUGGAGCUGGUGUUUGGUACCUGAAGAAAGUGAGAGCAAAAGCACCAGUUACAUGUGGGGUUCAAAGCAAUGAUAAUAGGCUUUUCUAAAAACAAUCAAUCAAUUAUCUUCUUUAUUCUUGUUUUAUUAUUCUUUGAAUUGCUUUUUUCACUUUAGGAUUUCUCCUUUUAUGUUUCUUUGUUUAUACACAAUGUUGAGAGAAUUACCCCACUUUAAUUUAUAGAGUUUGUCACAAA